GGCCGCUCUCAAAGCGUUGAGGGCAGCGGCGGUGCGGUGCGUCCGUGUUGCGGAGCGGCCCCGCUUAUUUCCCCCUUCCUUCCAAGCGCUAGGAGGCGAGGGCUUAGACUGCGCUUUUUGACUAAAAUCGGCUUAUUUCAGGGUUGUUUUUUCCUCUUCAGAGGGGGAAAAAACCCCGCGGUUCUUGCCCUCGCUGCUUUCUCAAGACCUUUCCCCCACACUCACCUCAGCCAUGGUGAUGUUCAAGAAGGUGAAGGCCUUCGUGAUGGCCUUCAGCGAGCCCGAGAAGGUCUACUGCAGCGGGGAGAAAGUGGCUGGGCGCAUCUUGGUGGAGGUGGCCGAGGUCACUCGCGUCAGUGCCGUCAGGGUGCUGGCCUGCGGGGUGGCCAAAGUCAACUGGGCCAAGGGCCCCCAGCAGUGCAAGCAGGAGAUGGAGUACCUGCGCUUUGAGGAUGUCCUCACGCUGGAGGAGCAGCCCACUGAUGGGGACGGCUCUGUAAUCCUGAGACCCGGGAACAAAUACGAGUACAAAUUCGGAUUCGAGCUUCCCCAGGGGCCUCUGGGUACCACCUUCAAGGGAAAGUAUGGCUGCGUGGAUUAUUGGGUGAAGGCCUUCCUGGAGCGCCCGUCCUUUCCCACUCAGGAGAUAAAGAAGUGCUUCGAGGUUAUGGAUCCUGUCGACGUGAACACCCCAGAAUUGCUGUCUCCGGUUGCUGCCAAGAAGGAGAAGAAGGUGUCUUGUAUGUUCAUUCCUGAUGGACGUGUGUCAGUCAGCGCUCAAAUCGACAGGAAAGGAUUUUGUGAAGGUGAUGAGAUCUGCAUCAACGCCGACUUCGAGAACACUUGCUCCCGCAUUGUGGUGCCCAAAGCAGCCAUCAUCGCCAAGCACACCUACCUGGCCAAUGGGCAGACCAAGGUCUUCACCCAAAAACUCUCCUGUGUCCGAGGCAACCACAUCAUCUCGGGCAUGUCCGAGUCCUGGCGGGGCAAGACCAUCCGUGUCAAGAAGCUCAAACCAUCUAUCUUGGGCUGCAACAUCCUGCGUGUGGAGUAUUUCUUGCAGAUCUACGUCAGCGUCCCAGGCUCCAAGAAGAUCAUCUUGGAGCUGCCCCUCGUCAUUGGCAGCCGCUCGGGCUUUGGUAGCCGCAGCUCCAGCAUGGCUAGUCAGGCCAGCUCCGAAAUGAGCUGGGUGGAUUUGAACCUCCCUGAUGCUCCAGAAGCACCCCCGUGCUACCUGGAUAUCGUUCCUGAAGACCACCGCCUGGAGAGCCCCACCACUCCGCUCCUGGAUGAUCCCGACAGCUUUGACAGCCCCAUUUUCAUGUACGCUCCGGAGUUCAAGUUCAUGCCACCGCCCACCUACACAGAGGUGGACCCCUGCAUCGCGAACAACAAUGUGCAGUGAGUGCCGAGUCAAAGGUUGUUAACUCUCCUGCUUUUUCUGGACUCGCAAUCCGCUGUGGACACCUUGCAGCAGCACGGACCUCGGCUUGAAGAGCCCCACUGCAGGAGGAGCGGCCGCUCGCACGGCAGACGCGGCUCCCGGCGAGGCUCUGCUCGGCGAGUGUGGCCGAGGUGAUGAAGUGUAUGAGUCUUUGUGUCCCCUCGUGUGCCAGCUGUACCGAGAAACCCCGGUGUGGCUCAGGGGUGCUUUGGGACCUUGCUUACAGCCAAAGUCUUCCAAAAAAACCAAA